AUGAAGUACUUGGAAAACUCGGUGCUCGAAGUUCUUUCGUCUGCUUUGAGUAACAGCGCCUUCGACUGUAUUCUCGAUUUCAAGUAGGUUUCAUUCGGUUUAAUGACAAACCAAUUAGAAACAUUGCUUUUUCGAAUAGAUGCAUUUUGAAUUUUUCUCAUAACCAUUGAUAACAGAAGAUUUGUCUGAACAGACUGGAGUCCUAUUCGUGCAAGAUGGUCCAGAGUGAUAAAAAAGAAUGGAAAACGUUUGACACGUCUGUCAGUUGGUCAGAAAGACAGGUUUGACUUUUUUGUUAAAAGUUUUUCGUUGACAGAAAUAAAUGAAUGAAAUUUUCUAGCCGCUCUCUCCACCAGACGAAUUUUUGAGUUUGAAUGCAUCGCCAAUUGGUCACGCCGCUCGUCUGAGACACAUGUCGGAAAGGAGUUGCUCUGAAUCUGACAACGACGGAGAAGAUGUUGGUGAUCGUCUUGUAUCUUAUUGCUUUCAAUGAAUAUUUAGUUUGUAUAGGAAGACUCAAAACGAAGAUUUUAUCUAGAAAAAAAAAAUCGGAAACGUCGCCUUUGGAAAGUUUUCUAGCGAUAUGAAAAGAUUGGAAAAGUAGCCGUCGAAUAUUCGCUGGUCUUUUUUUUAUACCACCAAAUUUUCGAACGGCUCCCGAAAUUCCAAUUUUCCUUAUCUCGUGAAAAAAAAGUUAUAAAAAAACGCGUGAGUUUUGAAAAUGCCGAUAUUACUUUGAACAUGGCAUAAACAUUAUUGUUUGCAGAACUCGCUAGUUGAUAGUAUAUCUCGUCGAACUCUGUUCGAUUUGGUCCGAGUUCUCAACUCGGCCUACCCCGACUACGAUUUCCGAAAUGUAAAAAGCGACUGCUUUUCAUUAGUUUCCUCGUUCGAAGUGGGCUCUUCGCACUUGCUUCACCCCUCUUUUUUUCUAGCAAGUCGUUUCUUUGGUGAAUGGAAAGCUGGCUACCACAGUUUUCAACUAUUGCACACAGAGAGAUGAGCUAUGGAACGCCGUCGAAGAGGGUAUCACGCCCAACGAAUGCAGAAUAUUCAGGUUUUUUGUUGGGGAAUGUGUGAACAGGAGCUUCAUUCUUGAGUUAUUGCGAUAAUGAACAAGACAUUUUUCGAGUCUUACAUUAACGUCGGAAAAAAGAUAGUAGCGUGUUUGAAACUUUAUUUUACCGUAAAGAUUUCAAAAAAGAUGAGGUUAUCAUUAUCACUUGAGCCGUUUAAUUCAACCCGAUUUCAAUGACGUGUAUUUCUCAUAAACACGCAAGAAGGCUAAAUUGUAUUUCAGUUUCAAGUCUCCUUACGUUGACGACCCCUUUUCGGAAGAUGGGUGCAUUUGGAGCCUGAACUUUUUCUUCUACAACAAAACGCUCAAAAGACUUCUCUUUUUGUCUUGUCGUUGUUUGUCAAAAGUAUCAGAGAACAUAUUCGAUCCUGCAUGGGAAGACGAAGUUGAACAGCCAGAGUAA